UUGACAGUAGUAUAUUUUAUUUGUUUUUCAUGAAACCAACUUAUCACCUUGAAACAAAUAUUCAAUCCUCAAAUUUUUCAAAAACUAUCUAUAAAAAAUGGCUGAAGGAGCAAACUUUGCUCCAAAUCUACAACACACACCAUCAAUAUUCGAAGUUUCAGCAUCCGAAGUACUUGACAAUCUAAUCUACCCUGCCUUUUCAAAAAUCUUCGAUUACUUUGGAUUGAAAUUAAACAUAAGAAUCAAUGAAACUGCCUUCUCUGAAGACCUCUCUCCCGUCAUAACAUUUGCACUUCAAUAUUUCUACCUCAAACAAAGAGGUGGCUCAUUUGGUGAGAGUUUCUAUGGUCUACAACGAACAUCUGCCUUAAAUGGAGAUUUAAUCUCAAAUCGAAAGAAAUUCCUAUCGGCUUCGCUACUCACUUUACUGCCAUACUUUGAAAGGAAACUAAGACAACGAAGUACACAACACGAAAGCACCGAGUGGGAAGAGUAUCUAAUUAAGGCCUUCCAUGCUUACAAUGCUGCCAAGGCUGUCAAUACAUUCCUAUACCUUGCCAAGUAUUCAGUAAGCCAUUCCCCGAUUCUACGUUUUCUUGGAUUGACAUUGCGCUACCCAAAAGAUCCACCUCGGGAAGACAAGGCUUCUUACAUGAUUUUAAAACUCCUCGAGGUAAUGGCAUUCUUUCUGCAAUUCAUCCAAUGGUGGUAUUCAAACAAACAGCGCCAAAAUAUUGGUGGUCUUCAAAAUCCCGAUGCCAUUAGAAAAUCCAAAUUAAACGAGCACCAGAAUCCAAAUGGAAUGUGUCCCAUUUGCUUGAUGAAGAUCUCCAAUCCAACAGCGUGUGCAGUGUCCGGCUAUGUCUUUUGCUGGAAAUGCAUAGCCAAUCAUCUAAAACAGAGAAAGAAGUGUCCCGUCUCUGGAUAUCCCAUUGGCAUUGAAGAUCUAGUUAGGAUCUAUGAAAAUUAGUUUUGUAAGAAAAAAAGGCAAUAUUAGGGAACCCGACUGAACACCUCUGAUUUUGAUGAUUUUUUUUUCAAACGUUGGUUAUUAAAAAUCUAUGGAGUUUGGUCAUAACAACAUAAGUCUUUUUCAGAUAUAUAUAUC